ACAGCCAUCGGCCCAUCACAUCGCCACCAUCAAGACCGAAACAAUCUCUCAAACCAACCAAACAACGCAACACGCCUCCGGCCGUUCAACAAAACACCCGCUCGGCCACCGCGACCGGCCUAGCCGACGGCCGACCGAAGCCGACGCACCGCGCUCGGAACCGAAGACCCAGAGACUCCGAGAGGGGCGGAGGGAGGGGAACUAGCCAGCGGGUGGAGCCGCCGCCGCCGCCGCCCGCGCGGGGCCGGCCGCCGCCGCCCUCGGCCGCCCCAUGGGGGGAAGCCUAGUGUCCAUGCUCCGGUGGCCGCCGGACCUGGGCCUGCCCAGCCUGGCGGCGCUGCUCCCCUCGCCGCCAGCGCACCUCCGGCUCCGGGUCCAGGAGUGGUGGCAGUGGUCGAGCCCCGAGCAGCUCGGCGCGGCGGCGGCGCGGCGGUGGCCCGAGCUGGUGCGGGACGUGCCGCUCCUGGUGGACGCCGCGCUCUGGGGCGUCGUCACGGCCGUCGAGUCCGUCGCGCUCGUCUCCAUGAUGUGCUGCUUCUUCCUCUGCUGCGGCUGCACGCUCUGAGGGGCGGCCUCCGACGAGCUCCGCAGGUGCCGGCAGUAUGAACGAUCCCCCCCCCCCCCACCGGUGCGAUUUCUUCGUUUUGCCGAGUGUGAUUGUGGUGAACUAGCUGCGUCGGGUAUGGAUGAAUUAGCUCUGUUACUGCCAUGGUAAUGAUAACUAGGAUGUGCCUUUUUGUGAUUGGAUUUGACUGUCGGUUGUGCGUCAUUUGCCCAUUUGGGGAUCUCUGACUACGAGCGGAAAUGCGCUGCUGUAGCAAGAACUAGUGGGGGAGAUCACUAAAUUGGAGGAUGUAGGUGCGUGGUGGGAACGGAGUCGACUUUAUUUGCGGCAAAA